AUGGGCAAGGGAAAGGCCAAAAAGGCAAAGGCUUCUCCCAUUCUGGACCCAAGCAGCAGCCCUCCGCCACAUUCAAUUUGUACCUGUGGGCAUUCACAUGAUCCUCCGCGGGCUGCUGAUGGGCACAAUGUCGAGGGCUGGACCAACGAAGACAUCCGUAUCUACAACGAACUGCUGACCGAGAGAGCCAAGCUCGAGAAGGAGAAGAACGAGCUCGAGCAAAAGUCUGCACGUCAUCAAGCCGAACGAGCCCUUCUGAACGAAGACGCUGCUGCGUUCGACGGCCAAUUCAAGGUCCAGCUCAGUGGAGAGUACAAGUUCACGGGCUCAAGUCCAUGUUGUCUGGACUUCAGCAGUGAUCCUGUCCUAUCGAGAAACAAGUGUCAUCAUGAGAUCUGCUCGAGAGCCAAGUCACGAGGUAUCUCAUGGAUGGAGCUAGACACGAUCAAGUACUAUCAAACUCGAAUCACGUCAGAACGGACGACUCGAAUGAAGAAUGCGCUUCGAAAGCAGCGGGAUGUUGAGCUUGAACGCGUGAAGAAAGACGAUGAUGACGAGCUCGCUUUGCGGAAUCGGCGGACCGCGUUACUGGACAAGACAAACGCGAAGAAAAUAGAGCCAAAGGACAAGAGGUCAUCGAGCCGCUCUCCAGCCAGCCACUCCGAUCCCAUGUCCUCCUUGGCGCAUGACAAUGCUGUGCUCGACGCUGUGCGAGCAAAUGAGACGGUGGCAAGAGAAAUCCACGCGAAGAUGGACAGAAUACGGAAGAACUUUCAGGCUGGCAAGAUCGAUGCAGCAAAAGCCAAGUCAAUGCUAGAUGCGACGAGCAAGGAGAUGGCACAGGCAACGCAGGCAAGCGAGCAUUUCAGAGACAUGAUCCUGAGCACGACCUCGAGCCAAGAGUUUCAGUACGCCCAGUCGACACUUUCGCGUGCGCUUUCUGCUUCACUGUCACCAUCAAGCAAAGAUGCAUUUUCUCAAGCUCUCAAUGUCAUGAAGGGCUUCUUCUCCGCAUCUGAUCAACGAGAUAUGCAAGCUGCGAUUGCAGACCUUCGGAACGUUAUCGACAUGAACACUCCAAUGCUUUCGACGCAAUACAAAAACUCGAAGUCCCUGGACGAUCUUCGUUCUCUUCCGAACUGUAAAGGUUUUUCGAUAUCAUUCACGAUCCAUGGCGAAACAAAGACGUGUACCGAUGUUGUGGAGCUGUUCUCACAUUGCGGUCGCGCCGAUGAUCCGGAGAUUUUGCUACAAGCGGCUGCGAAGACAAAGAUCGAUGUCAAGCUCGUUGAUGCGUAUGAGGCUGCACACGAAGUCGAAGUCAAUGCAUGCGCCAAGGCGAUAACCCAGAUGGCCGAGAUGAAUCGAACCGCCGCUUCUGCGAAAACCAUGUUCGAACAGAUGAAGAGUAUCAGAGACAAAGCGAUCGCAGAUUCUCCGCUACCACCAUGGACAGAACGAGAGAUGACACGUUGGAUGGAAGACACGCUAGUCAAUCAACUAGCCGGUGCGCUCUGGAAAACAGCCACAAAAGCAGUGAAGGAGGCUGGCACGGUCAACGAACGUGAAUUGCAAGGCAUGAUCAUAUCUGCGGUCAUCUUGUACUCGGACAAAGUUCCUGGGCAAUACGUUCACUAUCUCGAAUUAGUAGAGGCGCAUUUCUACAAGCGACGGAAUUCAGAUCCUGAGAUGUGCCAAGCACUCGAUCGCGUUCUGAAGCACGUCAGGAGCGAAGUCUGCGGAUUUCUUGAGAAGGCGCAACAACGCAACAAAGAAGUUGGCAAGCAGAACCCGACACCUCCUAAGACACCCGCAAAAUCAUCCACCACGCCUUCCUCGCACGAUACCAUCAUAUCCGCUGCAGUCCAAAAUGCAGACGCCAUCGCCGCUCAAAUUACUCCACUACAACAGAUGUUUGAGACCAUAAUUAGCAGUAAUAAUACGCUGUCGGAAGCCGCAAAACGCCAACUCGGCGACGAUCUCAAGACUUUCAACACCCAGCCCUCAGCACGCACCAACAAGGAGCUCAUCGCUCGCAUUAGGGAUCAAAUGAAUGAGCUCAGCGGCGAUUACCUCGCCCAUGUCGGCGGAUCUGCCAAACAACCUGCUUCAGUCAACGGGAAUAAAGAACCGAACAAGUCUAAUGGAAGUUCCGUGACACCCACAAGCGCCGCGGCGAAGACUUCCAAGUUCCACGAGGACCUCGUCGCUCCACCGCCGCCACAUCCGUCCGACACAUUGCAUCCGCUGGCGCAAGAGUACAUCAAUGGCAGGGAAGCCAAGCUCUCCAAUGGCCACGCCCACAGCAUCGCCACGCCGCCGAAACUGGAUCCAGGUACCUUUGACACCACUGCCUCCAUCAACCCUCCUCCAUACAUUGCUAACGAAGGUCGCCGCGUGCGCCACGCCUCAGCAGUCAAAGUCAAGCAUGUUGCUGUCAAUACACCGAAGAUAUCUUCGAGCUUGGCUACGUCCGUACCAGCAGUAACAACGACGUCCUCUGCUUCAGCAGCAAGCACCACCUCGAGCCCUGCUCAGGCAUCCUCCUCAACAACGAGUAGUAACUCACGAGAGACGACUAUUCAAACGCAACUCGCCACAUUCCGCAGCAGUCUCGAUCUUCUAAGAAUGACCGCCGAGCCACCCAACGCACUUGGCAAAGAUGGACUGGGACUCAAGGAUCCCUUCAUGGGCAUCGUGGGUAAGAUUGAAGAGCAGUACAACGGACAUGUGGCAAUGGCGAAGGCGAUCGCAGGCGUGAAUGGCUGGAGUGGGUUGGAAGAGUGGUUAUCAGCAAAGAAGCAGGGCUAG